CUCUUUCGUUCAUACCUUGAAGGUAAGCCAUACUUAUUCCGAUUAACUUUGUAGAAAAUAUCAGAGUAAACUCAAAUUUCUGCUUUCUCGAUCGUAAGAGUUGACGAGUUGAUCACUUGACCUUAUUUCUCUCCUCUUGUGCAUCGCCGAAGAAACAGAGACAUCGGAAUCGGAAUUCAAAUUUGGAGAGAUGAGACGAAGAGAACCACCGGAUCUGAAAAUCGCCGCCGUUUCCGUCAAUUAACUUUUCCUCCGAUUCUCUUUCGUUCGUUCAUACGUUGAAGAUAAAUCGGAAUCGGAAUUGAACUUUGGAGAGAGGAGACGAAGAGAACCACCGGAUCUGAACAUAGCCGCCGUUUCCGUCAAUUAAUUUUUCCUCCGCUUCGCUUUCGUUCAUACGUUAAAGAGGAAGAAACAGAGACAUCGGAAUCGGAAUUGAAAUUUGGAGAGGGGAGAUGUUGAAAUUAGGAAGGUUUAGUGGGCUAUUUACCCAAAGGUCUCUAAUGGGCCUAGCAUCUUCUGCUGGAUAUAACCUACGCCGAUGCUCGAGUGAACUUGCCAAGAAUCUCGUGUAUUGGGAUACCGAAAACUGUGGUAUCCCAAUAUACGUUCAACAUGAAAAGAUUCAAGACAACAUUACGGCUGCGCUUCGCAAUGUUAAUCUUCUUGGUCCCGUUCACAUUGAGGCGGUGGGAAAUCCAAAGGAAUUACCUCGCGGCGCCGCUAGUCACUUUGACUCUUCUUCCUCCGGUAUCAACUUCACCAGAAUCCUCUCAGGAAGAAGAAAUGCAAGUGAUCUUCUGAUUAAGUCAAAGAUCCUCUCUUGGGCUGAAGAGAGACAUGAAAUUGCAAAUCUAUUACUAAUAGGCGGUGAUCACGGGUAUGGCUCUGUUUUAAAGCUACUGAGAUGUCAAGGACACAAUGUCCUCUUGGCACAGAUCUGGGAAAGUUCAUCAAUGGAAUUGUUAGAAUUGUUUCCUUAUAUAAAUACUAUACAUUGUGUCCUUGAGAUCUCAGUAAGCCGCUAA